CACACACACACACACACAGUGUCCCUGGGUUUGUCAGCUCUAAUAAUAGGGAGGAUCGGGUUCUGGACGAUCAGUCGACUGCAGCUCGUCACAAUAACUGGAGGAGGAGGAGCUCAUUCUUUCUUUCUCCUCCGUCGCUCACUCACUCUUUCAUUCGCUUCUUUUCUCUUUGACAUGAUCUCCUUGAUCCGUAACUGGUGCUUUACUGGAACUUUUUAAACUUGUGUGAUAGUUUCCUCAAAGUCCUUGGUAAUGUUUUCAAGAUGUUUUUAAAUAGUUCUUUCUUUUGGCUGUUAUCAGAUAUUUGAAUUUAUUUAUCAGUAGCUGAGAGGAUUUGUCUGCAGUCGCUUUGCUCGGUCCUGUUCUGGGGUUCAGCUGAGACCCGAGGAGGUCCAUGCAGCGUUACCGCCACUAUGGCGCCUCCUACUCCUCCUCCUCUGCUCCUGUAGCGGAGGCCGAGGCCCAGGAGGAGGAGGACGAGGAGGAGGAGUAUGCUGAAGAGGAGGUGUGUGAGGAGGAGCAGCCGCUGUUAGAGGCGGGGGUGCAGGCCGUGGUCCAGGACACAGGAGGCGUUAAUGAGGAGGAGGUCCCACAGAGGAAGGGGGAGGUGACACCUGCUGUCUCUGAGACAGAGGCCAAGGUUCCACCAGUGGAGAGCAAGAAUGGAAAGAGGACGGAGGGAGGAGGAGACGCAGGAGGAGGAGGAGGAGGUCCUAAAUACUCCAUGUUCACCUGGUUUGUGGUCCUGGCUCUGCUUGGAGUGUGGAGCUCGGUGGCCGUGGUCUACUUCGACAUCGUGGACUACGACAGUGUCAUCGCCAGAGCUAAGGACUUUCAUAUGAACUUUUCUCAAGUUUUACAAGGUAAACUCACGGCUUACGACACAGACGGAGACGGAGACUUUGACGUGGAAGAUGCUAAAGUUCUGCUCGGACUGAAAGAGGCAGACAAAACUAAUGUGGGAGAUUCACCAGAGGAGAAAACAGUUUUAAAACCUGAAGACGUCAGCGAGCCUGAGGCUCCAGAGCUGCAGAGGGAGGAGCCAGCGGACGCCACGUCACCUGGAACCUCCACGCCUGAAGAGACUCCAUCAGUCUCUGGAUCUGAGGACGUGGAGUCUGAAAUCCAAGCUGCUGUCCCUCUUCCUCCUCUGGUGGAAGACGACUUCGUUCCAGACGAUCCUCGAGACAGCACACAUCCACAUGAGGAUGACGUCAUCACCAUCGACAGCACAGGAGUUUUGUUGGAGGAGACGCUGCCAGAGGAGAGUUCGGUGAAGUCUGGACAAUAUGUGACCAGCUCCAGACUCUCACAGGAAGCAGAACCGACGGAAGCAGAGAAACAUUCUGAGGAACGAGCGGAACCAGAACCUGAGAGAGAGAAGCUCAAAGAGACGGAGAACAUCCCAGAGGCUGAGGCUGAACACAAGCUCAAAGAAAAAGCGAAGAAGAAAAAACCCAAACUGUUGAACAAGUUUGAUAAAACUAUAAAAGCAGAGAUCGAUGCAGCAGAGAAGCUUCUGAAGAAGGGGAAGGCGGAGGAGGCGUUACGAGCCUUCGAGGCCCUGGUGCAGCAGUAUCCACAGAGUCCCCGCGCUCUCUAUGGAAAAGCUCAGGCGGAGGACGAGGUGGCCGAGAAGCUGCGCAGCAACGACAUGCUGCAAAGAGCCAUCAACAGCUACAGAGAGGCAGCCGAGCUCCCCGACGUGGCCCCGGACCUCCUGAAGGCUGCGCUGAAGAGACGAGCGGAGAGGCAGCAGUUCCUGGGACGGAUGCGAGGGUCUCUGGCGACUCUGGAGAAGUUGGUUCAGAUCUUUCCAGACGACGUCAGUCUGAAGAACGACCUGGGCGUUGCCCACCUGUUGCUAGGAGACAACAAGGGCGCCAAGAAGGUGUAUGAGGAGGUCCUGGAGGCUGCCCCCGGCAACGGCUUCGCUAAAGUUCACUACGGCUUCAUCCUGAAAUCUGAGAACAAGAUCGCAGAGAGUAUACCAUACCUGAAGGAGGGUCUGGAGUCAGGUGAACCAGGGACGGACGACGGGCGUUUUUAUUUCCACCUGGGAGACGCUCUGCAGAGAGCCGGAGACGACAGCGCGUAUGACUGGUACGAGCUGGGUCAUAAACGAGGUCACUUUGCUUCGGUGUGGCAGAGAUCUCUGUACAAUGUGAAGGGACUGAAGGCUCAGCCCUGGUGGACGCCAAAAGAGACCGGAUACACCGAUCUGGUCAAGACGUUGGAGAGGAACUGGAGGACGAUCAGGGACGAGGCUCUGGCUGUGAUGGAUCAAAACACUGGACUGUUCGUACCUGAGGAGGAAAACCUGCGAGAGAAAGGAGAGUGGGGCCAGUACACACUGUGGCAACAAGGGAAGAAAGAUGGAAAUUCAUGUCAGGGCGUCCAGAAGACCUGCUCACUGCUGGAGAGAUACACUGAAGCUACAGGCUGCAAGAGAGGACAGAUUAAGUUCUCCGUGAUGCAGCCAGGAACUCACGUGUGGCCUCACACUGGUCCCACUAACUGCAGACUGAGGAUGCACCUCGGCCUCGUCGUCCCCAAACAUGGCUGCAGGAUCCGCUGCACCAACCAGACCAGGGAGUGGGAGGAGGGUAAAGUCCUCAUCUUCGACGACUCCUUCGAGCACGAGGUUUGGCAGGACGCCGUCAGCUACCGCCUCAUCUUCAUCGUUGACGUCUGGCACCCGGAGUUAACGCAGCACCAGCGCCAGACUCUGAGUGCGAUCUAGGAGCAGGAAGCGGGCGUGAGCGCGGGCGGCCGACCCGCCGACCCGCCGACCCGCCGACGGAGCUCCGGUAAACACCAGAGUCCGCGAGGAGGCGGCCGACAGGCUGACGGGGUUUAGUGUUUUGCUUUGUUUGUGGAUAAACUACUAAAACUGCAGCAGACGAAGAACUGAAGGAUGGAAAAUAAAAAUCCAAAUGUUUCUGGGAAAUACUACUGACUUGACAACAUUUCACCCAAACCCACGUGAACACCUGCAGGACUUGGAACCAGGAAGUCCCACGAGGAAAUGUCCCUGUGAAUAUUCUGGAAGAUGUUUUCUAACCCUGGACACGUUUUGUAAGGUUGUGUCACUUUAAGUUGUUUGAAUUGUUCCCAAAGGCACAAACGUUACUGAGUUUCAAACCAGUGCUCUGGGUCACAUGUCAAGUUUAGUCGUUUGAUUUUGUGGUAAGAAAAAAAACACUAAAAUCUCUUCAUUACAUUAAAGAAGCUCAUAAACAUUUUAAUAAUGAUGCUGAUCUGUGAAAUGUCACGUGUUCAUUAACGAAGAGAGACGUCGUCGUUUUAGCUCGACCACUGUGCAUUUUUGUGUUCAUGCAGCUGGGUUUGAAUUUUCCCGUUUCCACAGUAACAAGGAAACGUGAGAUUCUAUAAAAGAGGAUUUAUAUUUAUAUAAAAAAUACAACCACCAAAA